AGAAACGAAACUUCCUCUUUGCUCCUGCGCUGGGAGUGCAAUCAUGGUGAACGUACCGAAGACCCGCAGGACCUACUGCAAAAAAUGCAAGAAACACCAGCCUCACAAAGUUACCCAGUAUAAGAAGGGCAAGGAUUCCCUCUAUGCACAGGGUAAGAGGAGAUACGACCGAAAGCAGAGCGGUUACGGUGGCCAAACGAAGCCAAUCUUCCGAAAGAAAGCUAAAACCACAAAGAAGAUUGUCCUGAGGUUGGAGUGUGUGGAGCCCAACUGUCGCUCUAAAAGGAUGUUGGCCAUUAAGAGGUGCAAACACUUUGAGCUGGGAGGAGACAAGAAGAGAAAGGGCCAGGUCAUCCAGUUCUAAAGGGUAACCAUGGAGAUGCUUUCUCUACUUCAACAUUGCUGUCAAUAAAUGUUGUAUACUCAG